AUGGAGGACAACAAACCCAAGUCCAACACAUUUACGGACGAAGGCAGGCUGCCCCAGGUGGAGUUUGCAAUCAAGAAUGUGUCUAAGGCAGGAACAAUAAUUGGGUAUGUGUGUACAGAUGGUAUUGUUCUCAUAGGAAUAAAUAAAGAGCCUACAAAUGGGCCGAUGGAAAAGAUUUACCAGCUGAGUGAUGAUAUUUAUUGUGCACUAUCUGGGUUGUUUGGAGAUGCAAUGAGACUCAAGAGAUAUGCACAGCUGAAAGCUCAGGAAGUUCUAGAAAAGCUUGGAGUACAAUGUCCUCUUACAACCUUAUGCAAGGCAAUUGGGCAAAGAAAACAAGCAUUCACUCAAUAUGCUGGGACACGGCCCUUUGGAGUGUCCUUCCUGUACGCAGGAAUAGUAAACGGAGAGUAUACCCUGUUUUCCACAGAUCCAAGUGGGACAUUAAACAGAUGGAAAGGAAUGUGUUAUGGAGAGAACGAAGAAGCUGUUAACGGAGGGCUUAAGAACGAUUUGCCGGAGGAAGAGAUGGAUAUGAAUACAGCAACAAUUGAAAUAUUAAAGCUUCUUGGAAGGAUUCGAGAGCUGGGGCCAAAAGAAGGGGAUAGGAUGGAGAUCCUGCACUUUUCUAAAGACUGUAAGAGAUUCCUUGCGCAGGAAGAGGUCCUAAGAUGUCUUGAAGAAGUCCAUGCUAAAUAG